CUUCGAAAUCUAAAGUUGGAAGCUUUCCUGAGUGGAAAACAAAACACACCAAGGAACAAAGGGCUUUACAGUACGAUCGUGCUCCUCUCUCUCUCUCUCUCUCGCCCCAGUCAUGAGCCUCUUCGGUUUAGGCAGAAAUCAGAGAACGUUCCGCCCCAAAAAAAGUACUCCUUCUGGUAGUAAGGGAGCUCAGCUUAGAAAACAUAUUGAUGCCACAUUGGGUAGUGGAAAUCUAAGAGAAGCAGUAAAGCUACCUCCUGGGGAGGAUUUAAAUGAGUGGCUAGCUGUCAACACUGUUGAUUUCUUCAACCAGGUGAAUCUGCUUUAUGGUACCCUCACAGAGUUUUGUACUCCUGAGAAUUGUCGGACAAUGUCUGCAGGACCCAAGUAUGAGUAUAGAUGGGCAGAUGGUGUACAAAUUAAGAAACCUAUCGAGGUUUCUGCUCCAAAAUAUGUUGAAUAUCUAAUGGACUGGAUUGAAACACAGCUUGAUGAUGAAUCCAUAUUCCCACAGAAGCUUGGUUCACCAUUUCCUCCCAACUUUAAGGAAGUCGUGAAGACAAUAUUCAAGCGGUUGUUCCGUGUAUAUGCUCACAUAUAUCAUUCUCACUUUCAGAAAAUAGUGAGCCUCAAAGAAGAGGCCCACCUAAACACAUGCUUCAAGCAUUUUAUCCUCUUUACCUGUGAGUUUGGGCUGAUUGACAAAAAGGAACUGGCUCCCCUUCAAGAGCUUAUAGAAACCAUUAUCGUCCCAUAUUAGAUAUAUGAAUUGGGACCCACCGUACUGUGAAAUAUCUUAUCCUAGGAAGCAUAACUAAAUAUAGACUGAUUUUAAUAUUUGACUACAGAAAUCCUCGUAUUUGUUGUGUUAGAUAUGUUUGGGAACAGGAUCUAAAUUACCCUAUCAUAUAUAUGCAAUAUGGCAUCAUAGAUCCCAAUGUUCAUGGGAGUAGCCCAUGUAUGCCAAGUGAUGUUUGACGUUUUAGUAUGAAGUUGGAAGGUUGUUUCUGGAAUAA